AUGGAAGAUGUUAAUUGCUAAAUAUGUAAUGAUGGAGAUUAUGCAGAUGAUGAUUUAAUUGUCUUUUGUGCAAAAUGUAAUAUUUCUGUUCAUUAAAAAUGCUAUGGAAUUCCUAAAAUUCCUAAUGAAGAUUGGAUUUGCGAAUUAUGUCUUAAUUUUGGGCCAAACGGAAGAUUUUUAAGAUGCCCAUUAUGUCCAAAAGAGGCGGAGCAAUGA